AUGUUCAGGGACAGAACCAAUCUCUUCCUAUCCUAUCGCCGAACUUUCCCGCGUAAUCGAUAUAACAAUUCGGACGCUUUAACGAGCUUUGAUCUCGAGGAAAAUGGGGUCGAAGAGUCCUAUCCGAUGAUCGACUCGAAAAAGGACGUGCCAACAUUGUCAGGUCAGUUCUUGAAUCUCACGCAGGAAGUCGACAGAAACUUGGAUGAAGCUGGAACAAAAAUGCUUCAGCUAACCAAGCUGUACCGCAAAAAUGCGCUACCAGGGUUCGAAGAUAAAGUCUCUGACGAGCAAGAGAUCGAGGAGCAUAGCUACCAAAUAAUAAAAAUGUUUCAACAGAGUUACGCUAUCAUAAAAUCUCUCCAGUCGAUACAAACUGCUCAAACUUUUAGAGGGCAGAGCCUGAGGAAGGGAGAUUUGGUCGUAGUGGAUAACUUGCAAAAGCACUACGCAAGCAAGAUACAAUCAAGUUCAAAUAAGUUCAGGAUGUUGCAGAAUAACUACUUGAAGUUUCUGAACAAAGACGACUUCAAGCCUUUGCCUCGAGCAUCAACAGACGGCGACGCACUACUUGUUCUAGAGGAAGAAGAAACAAAUGCCGCGACACAACAGGAAAUAGACUCAUACUCGCGACAGACUUUGCAAAGGCAAACGCAGAGACAGAGCCAGGGACAGAGUACACAAUUCCUACAACGCGAGGAGGAAAUUACGCAGCUUGCUCGUGGUGUCCUCGAGGUGAGUACUAUCUUCCGUGAAAUGCAAAACCUUGUUAUUGAUCAGGGCACAAUAAUAGACCGAAUCGAUUACAAUUUAGAAAACACCGUGCUUGAACUUAAGGGGGCGCAAAGAGAGCUCGACCGUGCCACUGUGUACCAGAGCAGGACUCAAAAGUGCAAAGUAAUAUUACUUCUCUCUCUUGUCGUGAUAACUCUAUUCUUCUUUGUGAUGCUAAAACCUCAUCACCACAGCGAAAGCAGUAAGAAAGACCCCCCUCAACCAAAACAGAAUUCAUCACAAGGCGAAGGCAAAGGUGAAAUUUCUGACGGAGAUACCAAGCCAAAAAAAAGGUAG